CUAGCACGAACGAUUCGUCCUGGUAGUUGGGCAAGGCAUUCGCUCGGAGGCCCUGAAGCCCGCUAUACCCAACACGUUGACGGGCGCAAAGCUGUCGUGAGAUCGGUGGCAGUCAAUUACAUCAUCGCCUAUCCGCACCCUCAUCGAGUUGGGCACAUCUCGGCCGCCCAAGAGCGCACCCAUGGCCCUCUCGGAGAGGAAUGAAGACGGCGGCCCCGUGACCACCAGAAACAGUACGUUGACGGGCUUGGCAGCUGGGCGAGACUCGUCGCGGCACACGAGAUUGAUGAGCAUCCGUGAUGAGUCUCCCCAGAUCGUGCCCGCCCUCCACCAGCCAGAGGUCGAAGUAGAAGGGGCCUCCGACAGAUACUCGACGCCCAGCUUGUCCAUCGACACAUGCUCAAGGUCCGCUUCCCUCAACUCGCUCGGCGGGAGCAGCGGGCCCGGUGCCUCCAGGCGAGUGACCACAAGCCCGGGCUGAGCCUGGCGUGACGUACUGGCUCCCAUCUGGCGGCCUGGGAUGCUCGAAGGAUGCGAUUCUGGGAAGACGACGAAGGAAGGGCUUGUCAGCGACCGCCAAGGGGGCCUUUCCUCCUCUCAAAUACGCCAGAGAUAGACGAAGAGGGUGACGCUGCUCAGAGCACACCAGCGAGAGUAAGGCACGUCAGAAUGUGCUCUGCGUGGUAUCAGAGUGUAUUCUGCACUCGUGUGCAUGUGCGUCGUGCGUAAUUCUUACCUUGGAAGCGUCAAAAUCCGUG